AUGAGUGUCUCCAAAUCGGUUUUGGCCAAGCUCUCCACGUUUUCGUCAUGCGAAGUAGCCGAUGCGCUGAUCAAACUCAAGCUGCCGCAUGGUGGAUUUCUGCCGGGCAUUGACAUGUACUCGCCUACGCACAUGUCAGGUUCGACGUCGAUCUGCGGUCCAGCCUUUACGGUGAAGAUGGUGUUGCAGAGCGAUACAGAGGCGCCUAAGCCAGCCAAGCACUUUGUCGAUGCGGCGGAGCCUGGCUCUGUGAUGCUUGUCUCAUCGCCCGCGACGACGCGCUCGGCCGUCUGGGGUGGUCUGAUGACGGCGCGAGCCCAGAGCCUGGGUGUGCAGGGUGUUGUACUGGAUGGACGAUGCCGUGACUUGAGUGAGCACCGCGAGAGCAAGUUCCCUGUGUUUGCGCGAGGCCAUUCGAUUCUGGGCCAAUCACCCUUCACUCGUCCCAGCGAGCUGCAGGUGCCGUUGGAGAUUGCGGAUCCAACGGUCGGCACAGAUGCCGAUGGCGAGCCCACGUUCCCGCCUGUGACAGUGUACCCUGGCGACAUCCUCCUUGCCGAUGUGGAUGGCGUGGUGAGUGUGCCCAAGGACCUCGCUGAGCAAGUCGUUGCGUUGGCGACGGAAGGCCGUCGUGUUGAUGGACUAUGUAUGGACGACUUGCGUGCGGGCAAAGGCAUCAAGGAGACAUUUGCAUUGCACCGCGGAAAGUAG